CGACACUCACUCCUCCCACUAGCCAGUACAUUGAAUUACUUUGUCGGUGUAAGUAUCCGUAUUCACGCAGGGGAGGCUGAGUUAACAGAGAAGAGAGGGGGAAAGAAAAACCCGGACGGAGCGGUUCAAAGAUAAAGGAGACAGGAGUUAUUUUAGCUAGGACAUAUACCGGUCACAGCGUCCGCACUCAGCCGGCAUUUUUCUCCUUAGUUUUCUUGGUGAAACUUCGGCUCCUCAUCCGUUACCGCUGGCACGGGGUGUCCCCGUUUGACUGUUGAGUCGGGGGCUUUUUUUUCUUUUUCAAAGGAAAAGAAACUUUUUACACGGAACCUUCGAGCCAGCUGAUAACAAAUAAAGGCACCCAGAAAGGAUCCUUUGCAGCCAGUGGGAUGUUAGAGCUCUGGAAGCCGGACUGACUGAAGGAGCAUGGUGAAACACCAACCCCUCCAAGUCUAUGAGCGCCAGCUUUGUUUGUCAUGCAUCACUGGGAUCUAUGGUUGCAGAUGGAAACGCUAUCAACGCUCCCAUGAUGACACCACCAAGUGGGAGCUUCUGUGGUCCCUGAUCCUCCUCCUUACCUUCUGUCUCCUGCUUGUCUGGUUCUACUUCUGGUGGGAGGCACAUAAUGACUACAGCGAGUUCAACUGGUUCCUGUACAACCGCUCUGGGGAGUGGAGUGAUGGCACUGUUCCCAUCCUAGCCACCACCGCUGCUGGCUUCACCUAUAUUGCUUUUCUAAUUGUUUUAGCACUUUGCCACGUUGCACUUGGGCAGCAGUUAAAUUUGCACUGGCUUCAUAAGAUAGGAGUUACUGCUGCUUUGCUCACCACCAUCAUUGGGGUCAUAUCUGUCAAUCAAACAUGGGCGCAAGAGUGGGAUGUCAUCCCCAUCUCCCUGCAGGCUACAGGCCCGUUCCUGCACAUCGGGGCUCUCGCCGCAGUCACGGCACUAUCUUGGAUUGUGGCUGGACAGGUCACCCGUGCAGAAAAAAUGAUGUUCCAGGUGGUGGUGGUUUUGCUGUAUGUCAGUGUGUUACUAGCACUCUACGUGGUGCCCCUACAUAUCACCUCUCCCUGCAUCAUGGACCCAGCCACCCUCAAACCACGCCCUGCUGUUAUUGGCCAUCAAGGAGCCCCUAUGCUUGCUCCAGAGAACACAAUUUGGUCCUUCCAGCGAGCGCUGCAGAUGAAUGUCACUGGGUUGGAGGCUGACGUGGCUAUCAGCAUGGAUGGUGUUCCUUUCCUGAUGCGUGACUUUACCCUGCGAAGGACCACAGACGUAGAGAAGGUUUUUCCAGAUAGACAGAUGGACGAAGCCUCACUUUUCAAUUGGACGGAUCUGCAGCAGCUCAACGCUGGACGUUGGUUCCUCAAGGAUGACCCCUUCUGGACCGUGAACACGCUGCUUCAACGUGAGAAGGAACGGAUCGCCAACCAGACCGUGUGCAGCCUGGAGCAGCUUCUAGAACUAGCCUCAUAUCACAACAGCACGGUGGUUUUCAGGCUGCGUAGACCUCCUCCCAAGCACCCCUGCUACGACAGCUGGAUCAACGAUACACUACAAGCUGUGCAGCAAUCUGGGGUUCCUCAAAGCCUGGUGAUAUGGACGCCUGAUGACAAUAGAGCCCAGGUGAGACAGCUAGCACCUGAUCUGAUCCAGACCUCAGUGGUGAAACGGAGCCCUCAAGUUCUGGAGCAGUCCGGCAUCAGCAGCCUGCUGCUCAGAUACAACCAAGUCAGUAGAGAGGAAAUCAGGAACUUUUCCGAGGCCCACAUCAAUCUCACCCUCUACACAGUCAACGAGCCCUGGCUGUACUCGGUGCUCUGGUGCAGCGGGGUGUCAUCAGUCUCCUCGGAGGCCCCGCAUGUCCUCCUAAAGGUGCCUUACCCCAUCUGGUUAAUGAGACCAAAUGUGUACUGCCUGGCGUGGGUGUCUGCAGACCUCAUCUCCUUCGCUGUAGUCAUAGGCAUAUUCAUUUUCCAAAACUAUCACAUGAUCAGGUAUCGGAUGAGCGGUAUGCGCAGCUACAACCCUGAACAGAUCAUGCUGAAUGCUGCGGUCAGGAGGUCCAGUGGAGACAUCAACGUCAUGAAGGAGAAACUUAUUUUCUCUGAGGUGAGGAACGGAGUUGGCAGUGCCGAGGAGCUCUAUGGAGACAGCUACGACUACUACGCCAAUCAGGGCAUCAGCCAGUGAUCUCGCCUCACAGGAUGAAAACAACACUACUCAGCGAUCCCGUCAUUCCAGUUUAUCAGUGUAAAAGUGUCUCUCUGCCUCUGCUGCCCCGAUUAACCGGCAGACUGCAGUAUCCUUGUGUAUACUCUGUAAAUAGUACUAUUUUUCCUCCCCCUCACACAUACUGUACAAUUUCAAAGAGCACUUUGUACUGAUUGAAUUUUGUCUCCUCCUCCUCUCACUUCCAAAUGUUCCUCUGAGUUCCCAUGGCCUGUUUCUUUACAAAGAUCAACUUUCUUUAUUUCUUUUGAGCUAAUUUCCCAAAGCAGUUCAUUCUUUUAAGCGCCAUCAGAUAUUCUUCAGAUGAAUUUUAUUUUUUAUUGUGGCUUUGUCGCAGCAUGGGGCUAAUAGCUUACAGCCCAUUGUAUCCUGCCUCCUGGCAGCACUAUGCUGUAGUUUAUAGUAAACUUACCAACAGUAAUAUUUAAAUAGAAAAGAAAAAAAAAUUCAGAAGCUGUUUACAGAAGUCCUGCCUUCUCCUCCAGGUGACAAACUCACAUGGUGUAUGUAAGAGAAUUAUUUUGAUAGAGGCUCAGAGCCCUGCUGUCCUACCAAUGCAUGUAACUCUAAGUAUCCCUUCUACUGACUCAUGUGAGCUGUGCUCCCAGUACACCUGGUUUAAAUGGUCCGGGGGGGGGAGACUUGUGCUCCUGUUUUUAUGGUAAAUGGUGAAUGUACAUUUUUAAUGUGUAUUAUGUGUUUGACUGGGUAUAUAAAUGUGUGCAGUGCUGAGUGUGUAAUUGUAUGUAAAAGGUGAUUAAUGCGUGAGAUGCUCUAGCCCACAAAGGCAUCUGAACUUACGUGACAGUUUAGCAAUAGUCUGGUCCUAUUAGAUUUCACUUCCUGUGCAGCCUUUGAGUUCAAGUACAGCAGUCAAGUCUUGUGGUAUUUCAGUGCAGACGAACAAAAUGCAUCUAAAGCUUGGUUGCUGUUGUGAAACUGACCGCUGUGAGGUAGAUGAAGUGGGCACCAAAUGUGAAAAUGAAGCUGCAAGUUAAUCUAAGGGAUACGACUGGUAUCAGAACAGGUCAAGAGAUGAUUACCUUUUUGUGUUUUCUUAUGUUGGGUAUUACUGUGCCUCAGAAGCAAAUGUUAUAAACUCUAAAUUAAAGUCUUAAGGAAUGAAAUAAAA